GUUCCACAGCUGAUUGGUGGCUAUCGGGGAUAUGCGCCAAAAAUGUAAACAUGUCCGAGUUAAAUAGCAUUUUUAGUGAUUUAAAAGUGAACUAUGUGCCGCAACUGCAGUGGGUGGACGUUGAGGAGUGGCUGUACGGCGAGGAGGCUGACGAGGAUGUGAUGAAGCAGCGGGCGCACAAGUUCUGGGCGCUCGACAUGUGCAAGCAAAAUCUCUCCCAGCAGGAGGCACAAUUACAGUUACUUCGCGAUUUGUCGGGAGUCAUACGCUCCAUGCGGAACGAUAGCCAGGCCAGCUACAGCAACACCCACGACAACUGGGCCAACAUCAUCGGUGUGUCGCCAGCAAAUGCAUAUCUCUCGUACAUCUACUCCCUGGUCAGCCUGGUCACUGCGCCGGAGCAUGUGCAGCAGGCGGCACCGGGGAAGCUCAACGAAUACAUCAAUGUGCAGCUGGCCCUGAAUGCUGUGAGCGCCUAUCUUCUCACACUAACCAUUCCGGGGGCCAAGAGCUAUGGCGUCUUCGACGAGGAUGUGAUCGAGCAUGUUCUCAAGAUCUUUAAGCUGUUGGAGCAGAAUGCCGACCGGAGUGUUAGGGCCAACACUAUCUGGGUGUUUUUCCUGACCAUCUGCGAUGAUCUGAAGCUGGUCUUUCGCUAUGUCCACUUCAAGGAGCACCUGAAGCCGCGCGACAGGAUCAUCCGCUGCCUUAUGGAGAUUCUCUACAUGAACUUUAAGCACGGCUAUCAGAAUUCCUGUGCCCCCGCCCUGCAUACCAAAUGCUUUGAGCUUUUUGGGGAAAUAGCCAACGAACAUAAUGGUGAUGUCUAUGAGACCCUCACGCUGAUCAUGCGCCAGACCUUUCCCAUGCACGUCUACACAGACAGCCCCAAGAGCGUCGGUGCCGGACGUCGCGGAGGCGCCAUGCAGAGCGGAGAACACAUCUCGGAUUGGUUUAUCCAGCUGAUCGAGAAGUACCCUGAAAUCCUGACCCGAAUCCUGCAUUUCUACAUCGAGUGUGUGGUCUCUAAUCCCAUCAAGGCGUGGAAGGGCAACGACGAGAAGGUCGCCAUUGGCUAUGCGGCAAAAUACGAUCGUGUGCUCUUCGCCAAGUGUAAUAAAUCCUGUGCGGAUUACGUCCUGGAAGCUGUCAAAGCCGACGAUUCUGUGGGUAUUCAAACGCGUGCCUUGGAUCUAAUCGAAAGGAUUCUGCUGCAACCGAGCGAGGUGCAGUGGAGCAUUUUCCGGCACGAUGUAUCCAAGGUGCCAAGGGAAGUGCCACUCCUCACAGAAGUCAUCCGCUGCCUCAACGACAGGACGUUUACGGUGCGCAAGAAGGCGUCUCAAGUGCUAAUUCUGGCGCUUAAACAGGGCUCUCCCAUGACCACGAAAAUUCUGGAUGAAAGCAUUCGAUUUGUCCAGUUCGAGGAUGCGGAUGUGGAGGCCCUGACGGAGCCAUCGGUGGAGCAGCAUGAGCUGCGUUUCGAGAAGCCAGGAAUAGUACAAUACGCCUUUAGUUUUGAGGGGCAUGAGGAAAUCGAAGUGGAGAUCAAGAAGAUCCCACAACUGGUUUAUCAGAGAUUCUUGGCCGCGGAUAAUGGUCUGGCCCGAACCGCUGGCAUUGCUCUGCUGGAGAGAUUGGUGCUCAUCAAUCCCCUGAUUAUAUACAACACUAAUUUUGUGAAGGAAGUCUCCUUGCUGGCUGUAGAUCGACUGUCUUCGGUGAGGAAGUCGGCUUUGGAUAUGGUUGAAACCCUGCUGGAGGCCUUUUCCAAUUGUUUUGCCUUGAUUUGCGUUUACUGCCGGAUCUGGGCGUGCCUCAUGAGCGACGAGGAUGUGGCCUUGCAAAAGCUGGCCGUUCAGAGUUUCGAUCGAAUAGUCCUGAAAAACAUUCAACCCUUGGAGUAUUCAAAUGAAGCCAAGCACUUUAUGCCCUGGCGCAUAAUCAGUACCCUGCUAGUGACGCAGCCCAGAGCUUACCUGCAGGAAAGAUUCGCCAUUCUGCUGGAGAGGGAGACCUUUGUCACACCCAAGCUGGUGAACAUUGUUAUCUCGCAUCUGUCCACUUCCAUGGCCACCGAUGCCUGGGGACUGCUACUCCUCCUGUCCAGCCGUAUCACCAACAAUAUGGAUGCUCUGAUUGGCAUCUUCAAUGGUCUCUCCUCGUACAACAUGCAGUCGAAUCAGUCGCUCGCUCUCCAGCUUAUCAUCAGCUGUCUGGGGAACUUCUCGAAACCGGCGUUGAAUCAGCUCUUCCAGCGUCUUCUGACAGCCCUCAGUACGGGUAACAUUUGGUUGUCUCUCAUCUCCACGGCCGUGAAUCUGUUAAAUCAGAUUCAUCAUCUGUCCCUUAGCCAAGCUCCCUCGCUGGAUGCCGAAGCCCCGGAUUGGCAGCUCAAAUUGCUGGAGGAUCUAACCGAGGGCAUACAGUCGAGCGUCGAGAACUUUCAGGAUGAGCAUGUACGUCUACAGUGUCUGUUGGGUGCCUACACAGAGAUCAUAGUGAUGCUGCCCUUUGAUGCAGACAAUAGGAUUGUGGAUUUCGUUUUCAAGUACCUGCAGGAGUGCACCAAGCUGAGUGAAUCUCAAUUUGAUACGGAGAAUGAGCGGAUGACCAACUGGAUGAUAGUGAUAUCUGGACGCCUGAGUCUGCGGGACAGUCACCUGGCCAACAGGGUAUCGAAGCUUUACCGGCUUAUCCUAAACAAGAACGACAGGCCGCAGAUAAUCAAUACCACCCUGGUGGUCUUGAACGAUCUGGGCAAGAAGCACCCUUCGAUUUUGGAGAGCAACUUCAAGUGCAUUUUGGCCAAACUACAUUCCAAGUUCGCCAUGACCCGAGUCCGCACUUUCCGAUGUGUGAAAGACAUUAUCCUGUCGGGAAACAUCAAGUUAAAGGGCCCUAUACUCGUAUCCAUGCUGGCAUCUCUGGUGGACGAGAGUGCCGAGGUGGCCCGCGAGGCAGAUGCUUUUUUCAUUCGCUACAGGAGACUGUACCAGAAGCAGUUGUUUGAGCAUUGCCUCAGGGAGUGUCCCUUUGACUUGAAUGGGCUGGCUUGCUUGAGGGGCGUGAAAACGGAUGGUAACUACAGAUCACCGCUAAUGGGUGAGGAAAUGACAAGGAAUCGUAGAUUGCUAUAUAAUCACAUCAUGUCCUCGUUGGAGGAGAACACGCUCCUGCUUUACUUUGGACAAUUAAAGCUGUUGGCAGAGAAAACCAAAGACGAAGCCUUUGUCAACACUCCUGGCGCCAUGGCCGUGGUCCAGGAUAUGCUCUUCAUUAUGCGUCGCAUUUGCUUUCGCACCAAAAGCAAAGGCAAAGAGAAGAGUACCCGAGGUGAGGGCGACGAGGAUGGAGAGGAUGAGCCUGUGGAGGCGCCGCCAGCUCCAUCAGCCGAGCCAGCACCAAGUACUUCAACAGGGAAAGCACCCGGCAGGGGCAGAGCAAGAAAGACUGACUCCUCGGAGGAACCACUCAAACAAUUGGAACGUUGCCUACGCUAUGUAGAAGAAACCCAUCGUAACCUUAAAUCCAAAAUGAACAAAGACCUAAAGCAUUCCUUUGACAAUUUUUGCCGGGCUUUGGCCAUGAGAUUUCCCCAUUACAUAGACUUUGCCCAGCCGGCACACUUUUGGCAGAAAUACCGAUCUGGAAAGGGUCCAAAAGAGGGUAAAAAGAAGCGACGACGCUUGACUGACAGCGACGAGGACGAGCACGAAGAGGAGACCGCAGAAGAGGGUGAUAGUGACAAUGAGAUGCCGCUGGAUCGGCACAAAGCCACACCAGCAGCGGGAACGCGUUUACGACAAAGGACAACCAGCUGCGAUAUGCUUGUUACGGAGCUGAUCUUCCAGCCGCCCGAUUGGUAGCCUCCUCAACCGAGUUAUUUAAG